AGAAUUCCUUGGAACAAUACACUGUGUCAGGUGUAAGGGUGAACCUUGCAAUGACAUCUGUCACUGUCUCAGUGAUCCAGGGAAUGUGAGUAGAACUCAUCAAGCUCUUCUUUGCUUGCAUGCAUUGUGACAGGUUUGUCGCAUAUCACCACCAUCGCCUAUGAACCCGCCCUACUACUCUCAGGGAGGUAGCAACUGCAGUUCCUACUCUAGCUAUGCCACUCCCGGCAGUCCGCCAUCGCUCCAGUUCGUUGCCUACAAUGUCGACAGGAUUCACCAAUUCGAGGGAAACAUGUCUCCCUUGCAACACAAUCGCCAGAGAACACAGCCAUUGCGAGAGUGGCUAUAUCGAAACUGCCAGAACCCGUAUCCCAGCAAAACGGACCGGGAUAUACUAGCUGCACAGGCACGUAUGUCCGGCGAGCAAGUAGCCAUGUGGUUUGCUAACACGCGGCGACGAAUCAAGAAGAUCGGCAUGGCAGCGUGGUCCAACGGGAAAUACCGUGACGUCGAUUUCCACGCCAAGUCUUUGCCAUCGUCAUCAUCCUCUUCAUCUAGCAGAAAGAGUCGCUGAAGUCGCUGCUGGUCAUUGUGAUCCGAAUUCAAUUCAAUCAGGGAUUUAUCUACGCCAUUAUACAUGUACUAUGAAGUCGUCCACAUAAUCUAUCUCCUAGUUACCGGUAACCAUGGCAAUUGAACUAGGUCAAGACAAUUUGAUAAUAGAGACAGAAUCUUCUUUGAUAAGGAGAUACUAGUAGAAUGUAUGCGUCCCAACUGUCAAUACAACAUUAUUAUUAUACUUCGAAGUAUGAAAGACGUCAUUUUAAAGAAUUCUUGUCCUGGUAUUGCAUGAUAUCUAUCCGGUUAAUAUCCGGUUAAUAUCUAUAUUCUAUUCCAUUGACAUCGCCACGUGUCCCAUACGCCCAAUACGAUCAUGUCAAUUACAAGUCCUGCCAUUAGCAGUAUCACAAUGUAGCGUUACAACUGGCGAUCAAGUGCAAAUGUCAAGCAGCAUACCGCAUUUAGAUCGCCUGUCUUUUUACCUGGCUGUAUCAGUACAUAUUUUCAAAUUGACUAGCGAUAGCAGGGUCACCACGUCCGGUGCAUUGAUGUUUAACGUUUUCAAAGACUUGAUCAUA